GACGAAACGACGGCACGCAGUGGUUCUACUAGCGGUGACCGUCUACUCUCGGCUACGGCAUGCAAGGCAACAUCCUCUCUGAAGAGUUCUUUACCUCACCUUUUGCAUUCUUUCUGUACCUUUACCUGGGAUGAACAACUCGUGAGGUUGUCGGUACUUCGAAUAAAGUUUAAAAUUAGAGAUUGUGCCGGAUUUGUGCAGUGAAAAAUAUUAUUUUUUGUUUUUGUGAAUUAUUGUUGUAAGUGAAACACUUGUUGUUGCUUGGAUACUGCUGCUAGUUCUCAGGUGUUCAACACCCACGCACUUGGAUAUAUUGAUGGUGAUUCGAGCUGGAGAUUAUUGUGUCAUGACUUAAACCCCAACAAUGCUACAAUGUCUACUACAGAAACCGAUUUGAUCGACUUUAACGGUGGCUCGCCUAUUUUACCGAGAUCCUCUCCCAUUUCUACCUCAGAAAUAUGUUCCGAAACAUCGGAAAAUCUCCUAGAUACAGAAUUGCCGGUUUUGGAAGAAAAACUCCAAACGGCCAGUCAACUUUCUACACCCAUCAUCACGUCCAGAAGGCCGAGCAUAGAUCCUGAAGAUAUUCUUAUAGAUAUAGAUUAUGAAGAUGACAUUGAGAAUGAUGAGUUUAUUGAAAUAUGUGGAAACAUAGAAGCCUUUAAUAUUUUAAGAAAUCUCGAUGAUGUCCUGAACGAUGCCGAAGACGAUGUCAGCAACGCCUCAAGCUCCAUCCAAAUGCAACAAGACAUCGAAGAUUGUUUAGAAGACUUGGAUAACUACCUUAAGACUUUGGAUAAUAGUUCGAGUGAAGAUGAACUACAUUCAUCCGUCUGCACAGAUGAUCAGCGGAGCGUUGAGAGUUCAACAGUCAUUGACGGCCUCGAGAUUGAACCGGAGAGUGACGACGAACUGCUCAGGUGUAGAUUACGACAAAUCGAGGAGAAUUAUAGGAAAUAUCUCGCAUCCGGGUGUAUAAAUAAAGGGUAUGUUGACACCGAACCAAAUGAAAAGCAACGUCGACCACAAUCAGCUUGCAGUAUACGCAGCGAACCAAAAAACAGGAACAAUCCAUCACGAAAUACUGUUGCCGUAGUACGAAGGAAACGUCCUUCAUUACCCGAUGCGAUGAACGGUAUCCCCAUUAAGUGUGCAGCAGGGCGAAAAGUCAUAGGUACACCUGGUAACUCCGACGAAAACAUCGACUGGAGCUGGUUACAAGACGUGGCACGUGACAUCACUCUAGAGCGACGCGCACACGCGUCAGGAAACUGUUGUACCGGAACCGUGGUCUUGGAGGUGCCGCGCGUAGCGGAGGCAUCCUGCAGUUCUUCGGCGCCGGCGAUGGACGAAGAACCUAAAGACGAACCCAGCAAAAGCUCGUGGUUGCGGAGCUCGAUGCGAAGACUUCGCCACUUGCCUUUACCGAACGGCGACGCUGUUCCCACAGGUGGGGAACUCACGGAGGUGACGCUCGGGCGGCCCGUUAGUGCGCCCUCGAGGAUUUCGGCGAAUGUGCGACACUCUUCGAGGUCUAGAUCGCGGGAAUCGGGACAGAGUGCGGUGUCUCUUGAACCUAGUGGACGGGCGCGUAGUAGCUCGGCGUCGUCGAGGUCCCGGAGGCUGAGAAGUUUGUCUUCCAGUGAGACAAGUAUACCGUCGACUGUUGAUUCGGCUGUAAGUUCGCCGGUGGCGUCGACGCAGCCAACGCAGAAUCCUGGAGCCCAGAACGCUAGUCCUAGAAGAUCAUGUGACAGAAAUCGACAAUCGGACAUGCCAGAGGCAGACAGUCCCCUAGGACACUGGCCUCAUAGUCUUAGCUCGAUGAUGGCAUGUUUGGGUUGCACGCUGGGCCUCUUUAACAUCUCUCGUUUCUCCAUUCUCACCGUUCACUUCGGAGCUAAUUUCAUCUUCCAGUUCUGCUUAUUAUCCCUCGUAUUCGGAUUGCCGCUCUUCACUUUGCAGCUGUGCCUAGGACAGCAGCUGGGCUCUGGAGUGAUUGAUAUGUGGAGGAUAUCCCCUUUGUUUCAAGGAGUGGGAGUAUCGCUGCUGAUAGCCCAGGCGUUGAUGGGCCUAUAUAGUAUUAUUGGCGUAUCGUGGAUGUUCGUGUUUUUUCGGGAUUCGUUCAUUACAAAGGUGGAUAGGUACAGAUGGGCGGAGCCUUUUAUUAACUAUAGAAGGGAAAUAGAGCCCGAAAAUGGUACUUUCCAGCUCAGCGAAACCCUGCCUGACUAUUUUAAUGGCGUGGUACUGCAAAGGCAUCACUUACCAUCUGGAAACAGCUAUGGUACCGUCAAAUUUCAAUUGGCCUUUAAUCUGGCCGUCGUUUGGAUGAUUGUCUUCGUGUCAUUGAGCAAAGGGUUGAGAUCUUAUGGGAAAGUCAUCUACGCUUUUACGUUGCUACCAGUGUUCGGAACCUUCAUUUUAUGUGCCAAAAUUUUAGGCUUAAUGCCCCCGGAGUUCGUCAAUGUCAUUUUUCCUGAGACUUCAUGGGGUGAAUUUUUUCUUAAUCCCAAGAGUUGGUUAGCUGCCAGUCAAGAAGUUUUCCUAACUUGGGGCCUCCUAGGCGCAGCAGUUAUGCAAAUAGCAUCACACAACAGACACAAACAUUUACUUCAAAGAGAUUCUAGUCUUGUAGCUGUUAUAACUUUAACUAUUCUAUUAUUAGUUGCUUUUUUGGCAAAUACGUGUGUUCAAAUACUCAAAGCUUAUGGAUACAGUUAUUUACCUGAUUCAUUUGAGAGAAUGUCUUCAUACACGUUUCUGCGUUCUGUAAGAGAUCCUCUUCCUCCUAGUCUAGCAAAUACUCCAGUACGAAAUAUGUUCCAUAAUUCAUUCAUACUCGGUGAAAAAGUUUUGAGGCCUAAUGUUGAUAUUUCUAAAGAAAGUGGAUUCAUGGUUUUAAGGUUGGCCACUGAACUGGUUCCAGCUACAUUCGCAGUGAUGGGGUCCGAUCAGGUCUCCCCAUUUUGGGCGGUAUUAUUCUACUUCAUAUUGAUUAUGUUCGGUAUAGCCCAACAACUGGCAAUAUGGCAUUGUGUUAUCACUGGCAUUAUGGCUAUCAAAGCGAAAGUUUUAAAGUCAUGGGAGACAACUAUCACCUUUUUCAGUUGCGCUUGUGGAUUUAUUCUGGGUCUUCCAAUGGCGACAGAGAUGGGAAUAUAUGUGGUGUACUUCUUCGACUACACUAUUGGCGGCAUAUGGUGGUUGUUGAUAGUAAUAAUCAUCCAAAUAAUGGCUGUUUUUAUGGUUCGAGGAAGACCUUAUAGUGGAGACACCGUCGUCACAGCUUUAUUUUACCAAAAUAACCAUCCUUGUUUAUUAAGCUGGGCACCGGCAUUGCUGUCGUUCACGUGGAAUGUCAUUUUACCUGUAGCGUUGAUGGCAUUAUGCAUAGCAACGUUUAAAAAUGGUAACUUUAGAGACAUGUUUGUUUGGCACCACGCUCCUUUGGCAGAAUAUUGGCCUUUAUGGGCUAGGCAAGUAGGUUCUAUGCUGCAACUCGUUCCUGUACUCUGUAUCCCUCUGGUGGCGGUUAUCCAAAGUUACAGAUAUUUGAAUAAUGGACAAAAUGAUAUAUUGGAUCGUAUUCAACUACUGUACAGGCCACCUAUUGGAGAGCACAUGGACGAGCUGGGUGUACAGGAAGCGGCUGAUGCCAUAAGGAACGAAAAUAACGCAGCUAAUGCCGCCGCAGAAGAUCCACCUCCGAAAUAUACUCCUCCGCCCUCUUAUACAACAGCAACCGGUGCAAGAAUAGCUAAAUUCUUAAGACAGAGUAUAAGAAGAAGUGUAAGGCGAAUAGCCAAUGUUUUGGGUGAAGGUUCGUCAAGGCAACGAGCUACUAUUCCAACUGUAAACGGCAUCACUUCAACGCACAUCCCACCACCAGACUAUAACGCUGUCUUGGUUGAGAUGAACAACACACCACAAUCAAGAGGCGACGUUUCGAUCUCAAUGACAGAUGGAGCUAAUAUUACAAGACUCUCCACGCUGGAAAGACUGAGAAAUCUGGAAUCGACCUCUACAGCUCUGACAGCAGCAGAGGUGGCUUCAAUUUUGCGAAGUAGUUUUAGAAGGAGUACCCUCACAUCUAGAAAUAACGCCAGAAUAGCGACGUUUAGUAACGAUAUGGCGUCGUUAAGCGCACAGAAUUUGAUUGAUUCUGCUGCUCCUAUUGGCGAAAUGUCGCUAGUGAUGGACCAUUUGCCUAGUACUGAUGAUAGUGAGGUGAAAAAUAAUAAUACUUCAUCUGUGAUAUAAAUUAUGUAUAUUUAAGAAUAAAUAAGGUUGGUUCAUAGAAUAAAUAUGAAUAUUUUAUUGUCGCAAACAUAUUUUUUUUUAUCUUAUUAGUUAAUUUUAAUUCGGAAAAUAUUUUAUUAUAUAGAUAUGAUUUAAAAUUCUAGUCGUGCUUAUUAACGGAGUUAAAAUUAAAUUAUAUUUUUAUGUUUCAACCAAUAUUAUUGAUACAAAAUAGGGAAAACAGUAACGAAAUUGUUUUUUAGCUAUUUAAAAAUAAUUUUAAUUCAAAAAUUCUAUGAGCUGACAGAAAUCUGUACAUUAUAUGUUGUCUUUACUAUGUAAAGUAUCAAGUCACGUGUAAUAUACUGUUAAUUAUUUAUAAUUUUGUAAAAACUUACGUUAAAAUUUAUUACUAAAUCUUUAGAUCAUUAAAACAAAUAAAUUUUUAACAAUACUAUGAUGUGAUUUACAAAUAUAUUCUUCAAAAUUAGGUAGAUGAAUAUUUUUUAUAAAUACGCAUCAUUAAUGUAAUAGAAUAUUUUGAAAUUUAAGAUUUCUAUCGUUUUUUUUAUUGACUUUAUUCACAUUAGAUAAGGCUGUAAAUUACCUAGUUUUUAUUUUUCACUUGAAGAGAAUAAAUUUACAAAAUUGAUAAUGUCUUAAAGAUUUAUAUUUUUUUUUCGUUUUUAUUACAAAAUUAUUAUAAUAAAUAUCUAAUUUUAUUUAAUAAGCAAUCUUUAUUUUGUAAAUAGAUAUCACAUAUUUCAACACAGAACUUUUUCUAGACUUGAUAAUAAAUAUAAUAUUUUUCUUUGUAUUUUACCUCUUCUUUUUUUAUAAAAAUCACUUUCAAGGACUGAUAAUUUAACUCUUUGAACAUAGCUUUGUAUGACGUUGUGUCUAUUAAAAAAAUGUUCUUGUUAUAUUUUUUGUUUUAU